GAUGGUCAGUUCCACCACUAUGGCGACAAGCAACUGUUCGGAACAGUCGAUGCAAAGGCGCAAGCUAAGCGUUCGAUUACGGGCCACGCGCUGGUACGCUGCCUUGAACAAGUUCCUACAUUCCUCUUCAGCAUAUUAAGAAGUGAAGUUACCAGCUCUAAACGGCACACCCCAUGAUCGAGACGCCAACAGUUCUACGGAAGAAGUCGCCGACGUUCUCGUAGGGCGCUGGCGGCCGCUUCACCCGGGAAGCUGCGCCGCAAGUGAGCGGGUAUCGACGGCUUCCUGCAGUUUGCUAACCGUGAUUCGUGGCUGAGGAUCGCCUCCGCCUGCUGGCAAAUGUGACUGCAUCAUGUUGUGCCCGUCGGAGCCGGCAGCGGAGAACGGCAUCUCCGUGUGCGUCGCGGCCCCUUCAGCUGCGCCCGCCGCUGUGGUGGUGCGAGAUUUCAACGGUGGUCCUGACGGUGUCGUGAAACCAGAAGACGCCGGGCCGAAUGGAACAGUGGCGAGUGGCAACGGGAGCGACUGCUGCACUCCCGUCGUCCCUACAAGCACUGCGACGAACUCGGCUUCUGUCGACGCUGACGGAAGCAGCGGCGGCGGCGACCCCAAGCUGAAAGCGCUUUGCGUCACACAACGCGGCGGCGAGCUCACGGCGGACUCGUACUCGAGUACGGACUCUGGAGGCACAGCGGUGAUAGCGCCGCGCUAUUGUAACGAUCCCUACUGCCAGCUGAAGGAAGAUGCGACGCCGGUGGUGGUUGCCGUCGUGCCUUCGCAGGGGGACGGCAGGUCGUGGAAGUGCGAGGUCUGCUGCAAGCUGUUCGCGCAGAAGCACCACCUGCAGACCCACUUGCUCUGCCACUCUGGCGUGAAGAGGUUCGAGUGCCAAGUGUGCCACAAAGCAUUCAAGCAGCAGGCACACCUGAACACGCACCUCCUCAUCCACGAAGGCCGGCGGCCGCAUCGGUGCCCGCACUGUGACCACAGCUUCCUGCAGGUGACCCACCUGAAGAGACACCUGGUGACUCACGGCGGCAGCUGCCUGCCGUGUGCUAUCUGUGGCCGGCGCUUUGCAUUUCCGAGUGACCUCUCCGCGCAUGUUGCCAAGCAUCAUCCCCCACCUUUGCUGCGUACAAGCACAGGUGCUCCCGCACCGCCAGCACACAGACUCCAGUGUGAGGUGUGCGAGCGGCUAUUCCAGUAUCCGAGUCAGCUGCGGGACCACAUGCUGGUGCACACACAGGUGCGCCGUUUUGCAUGCCCCGACUGCGGCAUGCGCUUCAUGAAGGAGCACCACCUCCGCAAUCAUCUUGUCACUCACAGCCCCGUGAAGCCGUUUCCAUGCCCCGUGUGCGGCAGGGCCUUCUCUCUUAAGGCCAACAUGGAGAGGCAUGUCCUCAUACACGAGGCCCAGCGUAGGUUCGGAUGCGAACGUUGUGGGAAGCGUUUCUCGCAACCCCAGACGCUCAAGAUGCACCUGGUGUCACAUGCUGACGUGAAGCCAUACUCGUGCAGCAUCUGCGGCAAGGGCCUGGCUCGAGCGCACAACCUGCGUGCACACAUGGCCAUCCAUCAGACAAGCAAGCCCCACCGCUGUCCCGACUGCAGCAGCACGUUUACACUUCGUGGGAACCUGGUGCGGCACCUCAAGGAGAAGCAUGGUCCAGCCAUCAUCCCUGCUGGAUCCGUGUCUGUAGUCAUUACUCCGCAAAGCCCCAACCGCAACGUGGCUAAACGCAGAAAAAACACACCAAAGCGGCUCAAGAAAUGUGGUGAAGGUUCCGGUGAUGAGGACGGGGACGAGGAGGAGGGAGAAGAAGAGGACGGUGAAACAGAGGGAGAACAAGCAGAAGCAGAUGGAGUGGAGGCAGACCGGGACCGGUUUCAGGACCUCUCGGGACACAAGUACCAGGGGUUGCCGGGUUCACCAGAAACUGCGCGCAGCGUCGAGGUGCUCCAGGCCACUGUCUACUACCCUGCCCCUAUUGUGACGCAAGAGGUGCCAUCAUCCGAACACAAGCCGUUCUCACUACAUGCGCUCCAGCCGGCUCCGGUGUUUGCAUCACCUGGCAGCUUCUACGGGGAUCUCCCAUCAGCAACACCUGCCGCGGUCGGUUCUGAGGAAGUCGGUGCUCGACUGCAGGCACUGCAUGCGGCCAUUGACGACCUGGCAGGCAAAUUGGGCCCCGAUCACGACAAAGUGACAGCCUUGCAUGCAGCGUUGGAUCAGCUUGUGCCCCCGUCACAGCAACCGAGCUCGGCCCCACCUUGAGAAAUGGCACGGACCUGCUAACUUUCUAAACUAUACCAGAGUUCUAUAAAUUCCUUUCUUUUUUUCUUCUUCAAAGUUAUAAUGUGCCACUUUUCAGAAAGCAGGACCUUAGACAAGCUUGCAUUUGAUGCACUCCUGUCAGAUGCUGCAUGCAUUGAUGCUUGAUCCCAAAGUCAUGUAGUUUUGUUAGAGCCGAUUCUUGUUAAAAGGUGUUUAGUUUUUUUUUGUGGAGUGGCUAUAAGACAAGCUGUUUGUGACGUGGCACUGCUGGCAGCACCACCGACUGCUGCUUUCAAAGGAACGACGUGUGACAGGGUAAACGAGUUUGGCUUUUUCCUUCUUUUCUUUUUUUGGCUUUGACUUGAGGAAAGAUCGUGUGCUAGUUCUUCUCGAGCAGUGCAAAGCGCAGAUGAAAAGAAACCUCUUGCAGAUUACUUGUCCUGUGGCUGCGAAAAAGUGGACCUGAUUACGUGUGACCUGAGUGACUCCUGCCAGAAAGUGAUGUGACUGAAGGAAAGAACUGGGAAAUUGCGAAUCUUUCUAGUAUUAGUCAAAAUGAGUGUUUGUGCACUGGGAAGAGCCAUUGUGCUUUGUGUAGUACAUGUAUUUAUGAAAUACAGAUGGUCAGCAUACGCUGUGUAUGUGACAGAUUUCUUAUAAAACUGCUGUACUGGUCAGCUCAAAUGUAACAUUAAAGACAUGAGUAAAUGUGC